UUGAUUUUCAGGACAUUGCAUUUCUCCAUCACCUGGGGAUCAAAUUUGUUCUUGUUCCGGUGAUGGAGGAAAUCGACUCGCUUUUAGCUCAGAGGGGUAAACUACUGUCACACUGUUUUGUAUGGUUCUUAGUGUUUGUUGUUUUGAUGAUAUGGAAAUUUAAGUUAAGAUGGAGUAAUUUUGUUUAGUUUUAUGUAUUGGAGUAAUUGGGGUUUAGUGGUUGGAUUAUUGAUGCUUAGAGUGUUAGUUGGUUACUUGUGCGAUAGUUUACGAGUCAGGUUUACUUGAGUUGACUUAUGUACAAUAAGCUCUUGUCAACGUUGACUCUUAUAAGUACUUGCCUGCAUUUGCAUCAUUGCAUACUUCGUCCAACUUUAGCGAUCAAUCUAGAAGGAUGCCAAAAGUGUCAAACUCGACUUGCAUGGAAUUUUGGGUCCCGAAAUCUGGUUUUCCAGGAAGUUAUCACUACCUCUAUCAGCUGUCAUAUUCAGGUCCUUAAUUUUCUGAUAUAACUCAUUAUUUUAUGGUCUUCAAGUUUAUCUUGCCCUCUUGUAAUUUCUUUGAAGUUUGUCAAUGUGAACAAAUUUCUCUGUUCCAUCCAAGCACUUGCAGCAAAUUUUCAAAGCACCUUCCUUUAGCAUAUUUGGUUGUUUGGGUAUAUAUGAUGAGACAUUGCAAUUUUUGUUCAAAAACAAAGAGGUUAAUAUGGAAUUCAGUAUUCUAGAGGCAAUUGAGAGAAAGGAUAUAGUCACAUUUGCUAGUUUAGUCAGAGAAAAUGAAGGAAUUCUUUGGCAAAGAGAAGCUGAUACUCUGAACACGCUACUACACCUUGUGUCAAAGUUUGGAUACCUUGAAAUGACAUCUGAAAUUGUUUCUCUGUGCCCGGAAAUGGUUGCUGCUGAGAAUAAGAACCAGGAGACUCCAGUCCAUGAAGCUUGUCGGACAGGGAAUCCCCGGAUUUUAAAGAUACUACUGGAGGCAAAUCCGGAGGUAGUUCAUAAGCUAAACAGUAAAGAAAAGGUCAGUGCACUAUCUCUGGCUUCUAGCCAUGGUCAUAUUGAUGUGGUGAAGGUCUUACUGAAAGAACAUGGGAAGCUGGGCUUAGGGAAAGAAGGGUUUGAUCAAACAUGUAUACACUUGGCUGUGACUGGUGGACACAUAGAUGUUGUUAAAGAGUUGCUAAGAGUGUGUCCUGGCCUUGCUUAUAAGGUUGAUGAGAAAGGAAACUAUCCAUUGCACAAUGCUACUAGCAAAGAGAACCGGGAGAUAACAUGGACGCUCCUCAAGCUUGAUCCAAAACUUGCUCAGCAGCACAAUCUCAGUGGUCACACACCCUUGCACUUGGCAGCAAUAAAUUACAAAGUCUCAGUCCUUCAAGUGUUUGUCUCUGUGGCUAAACCAGCGUUUCAGAUUGUAACAAAAGACGGAGAGACGGUAUUCCACUUGGCUGUGAGAUAUGGGCGAUAUGAUGCUUUAGUGUACUUGACCUAUGUCUGUGUUGAUAUGGAUUUCUUUGACUGUAGAGACCGUUAUAGUAACACCAUCCUUCAUCUUGCAGUUUCUGAAGCACAACACAAGAUAGCAGAAUAUCUAAUCAGCAAAAAGAAAGUGGAGCUCAACUCUCGAAACAAUGAAGGACUCACAGCCCUUGACCUCCUGAAACAGAAGAAAGAUAGCGUAGACAAUCAGCGCCUUGAAGCAAUGUUAAUGAAAGCAGGAGGUAAAACAAGAAUUGAGCUGUUAGCUACAUCACCAGAGGCAGAAAAGGCCACUUCUCAGCCAGUGACACUUCCUGAAAACACUCUGAAACGAGCACAGUUUGUUAAAGAGUAUGAGCUGCAAUUGUCAAUCAUAAAGGAAACAGCUUCUGCUGCAUCCAAGUCUCAAUCAAGCUCAUCAGCCCCUAUGUCCAUGAUGUCAUCACCUUUUCCAUCACCUCAAUCCAGCAAGUCUUCGCCUAAGCUUCCAUCACCGCAGUCUAGCAAGUCAUCACCUAAGCUGCCAUCACCACAAUCCAACAUGCCAUCACCUCAGCUUCAGGCUGGGGAAGGCUCAUCACGUCAGCUGCAAGUUGGAUCAGCAUUUGAAGUUAAGGGACUGAAUAAUGAAAAACAAAAGAAGGAAGAGUUUCUUUUGCAAACCUCUGCCAGAGAACACAAGCAUCCUAGAAAAUGGAACCAACUAGAAAUGACUCAAAUGAGUGCUGAGAUUUUCUACACCCGGAGAAGGAAGCAUGAGAAGGUGUACACUGAGGCACUUCAGAAUGCCAGGAACACCAUAAUACUAGUUUCAAUUUUGAUCGCAACGGUCACUUUUGCAGCUGGCAUUAGUCCCCCGGGUGGUGUUAAUCAAGAAGGACUUAUGCAAGGGAAGUCAAUAGCAGGAACCACAACUGCUUUCAAGGUGUUUGAAAUAAGCAACUACAUCGCACUAUUCACAUCACUUUCGAUAGUGGUUGUUCUUGUGAGUAUCAUUCCAUAUCGGAGAAAGGUACUGAUAAGAUUGUUGAGUUUUUCACACAAGGUAAUGUGGGUGGCUGUGGCGUUCAUGGCAACAGGAUUUGUUUCAGCCACAUUGGUUAUCAUGCCACAAGAUCAGAUGAAUGAUUUGUUGUUUAUAGUCCUUUUGACUAUAAGCAUUGGAAUUCUUGGGACAGUUUUCAUUGGUUUAGGUGUUAUGCUAGUGGUUCAUUGGCUGCGAAAGUCGAAGUGGAGGAAGAGAAGAAGAGAAGCUGGAAAUGCUAAUGAGGAUCCUGAACUGGGAAGCCAAAAUUCUGAUGUUGAUAGCACCUACAAUCAAGGGUAUCAUUCAUAUUAAACGCCUUCACCUCCCAAAUGGUUUCUGGUUUUCGCUUUCCUUCUCUUCAUUUGAACCAGUAUGGCCAAUCAUGAUUUUGUUUAUUCUUUUAUCAAAGAUAUAUUUUGAUUAUAAGGCAAUUCUCAUAACCAAGAGGCUAGAUGUGGCUUCUUCAUAAACCUUUGCUUGAUGGAAGCAAAGGAAAGAAAAAAAAAGAACCCAACUACAAAUGAAACCAGGGUUGUUGAUACAAAUCAAUUCCAUCACUGGAUUUAUUUCAACUUCUACUCUCUAGUUCCAACGACAGAUAAACUCGAGCAGCUGUAUAGCAAUGUAUUGCUUCAGAUAUUUAGGUUCAUGAAAUAUGGGCCGUCCAUAGUCAAAUCUUAUUCAAAGUUGUUGAUAGCUGAGAUCAUGUUCAUGGCAACAGUUUCUACUUGUAUAAUUUGGCAAUAGCAUUCACUCAAGCAAAAGACCGCUUUGUGCGAAAAUAUACUGCAGCUUUCAACUUUCCUCCAUCGACCAUCCCUCACAACUGAUCCUAUACCAACUCAGUCAAAAGCUCCGUCUUCAAUUUCAACCUUGUAUGGGCCUGGCAUCCAAGCUCUCUGGCUGUGUAGGAGCU